AAUAUUACCUACUACGAGUACAAUAUUAGAUUUCGUAUAAUAUUACAGUGCAAUAUUUUUAAAAUACAUCGUGUCAACGCCCCAGUGAUGUACGGAAUGUACCUCCUACAUAAGGAGGAAAUACAGUUGGCCAACGGAGGAAAUGAUGUGAAGGAGAAGGUGCUAUACCACGUGACCUCCGAGUCAAACGCUGUGGAGUCACUAAUAAGUGGACUCGACUGGAGGCGCAAUCAGCGCUCUAGAUUCGGAUCUGGGGUAUCUUUUAGUAACAACGCGGACUACUGCAACUUUUAUGCCAAUAAAUCCACUAAUAAAGUGGGAGUGAGAGUGAUCAUCGUAAGCACUGUGCUGCUGAAUGAGACGUAUCUGAUCAAAAAAUGGAACAAAGAAAACAGACUAUUCAUACCGCCCGGCACCGCAGAUACGACGGUGAGCCCUAACGGCCACGUUUUCGUCAAGUAUUAUGACUUUGAAUCAUACCCGAUGUUUUUUGUUUACUACCGAUGGACCCCGGAAAUUCUAAAUGAAAGCAAAUUUUUCAUCAGCAAAACCAACUACAACCUCCAAAGGUUACAGCCGGAAGAGCAUAUGCUGUGCGAGCAAGUAGCAGAUUUGCAUAUAGCCGAAUCUAGCAGCCUGCAACUACGACGCCAAAGUACCAAUAAGAAACGCGUACUGAAGCAGCAACGCCGCGCCGCAGCCAAAGCGAAAGCAGAAGCCGAAGCUGCAUCCGUCGUAGCCGCCCCCUUGUUACAACGCCGACGCCGAAAAGCCAGUAAACAACGCCGACAACGACAGCGCCGCGCCGCAGCCAAAGCGGGAGAAAAAUGCGAAACCGCCGAUGCCAAAGCGGAAGCAGAAGCCGAAGCCGCCGAAGCCAAAGUGGAAGCAGAAGCCGAAGCCAAAGAGGAAGUAGAAGCCGAAGCCGCUUCCUUGCUAAAACGCCAACGUCCAUACGACAGUAAACAUCGCCGACAAAGACUGUGCUGCGCCGCAGCCAAAGCGGAUACAGAAGCCGAAGCUGCCGAAGCCGCUGACUUGCUAAGACGCCAACGUCGAUAUGACAGUAAACAACGCCGACAAAGACUGAGCCGCGCCGCUGCCAAAGCGGAAGCGACUCUGUGAUGGCCACCCGACGACAAUAAUUUGUUGUCAGUUGACAAUUAUUAUAGGCGACAGGCGUACCCUUCUGAUUAUAUCAAGUAACCUUAAAUUACCUACAAAUGAGCUAAACAUUUUUUACCUUAUAAAAUCUUUAAAAAUAUACAAGUAUA